AUGUCGCUCUCGCCCUUAUUCUCGCAGACUGACAAGACGUCGCUGUCCUAUGCCGCCGUUUUUGGGAUUCAGCAGGAUCUAGACCUCCAGGGAAACCAGUACAGCUGGCUGUCGUCCGUCUUUUACUUUGGCUUUCUCUUCUGGGCGCUGCCGACCAACCUGAUGCUCCAGAAAUUUCCGGUUGCCAAGUACCUUGGGAUCAAUAUUUUUCUCUGGGGUGCUCUUCUUAUCCUGCAGGCCGUUGCACCUAGUUUCGCAGCUCUCGCCGUACUUCGGGCCUUGGGUGGCGCUGCCGAAGCUUGCGCCGACCCAGCCUUCAUCCUUAUCACUAGUAUAUGGUAUACGAGAAAGGAGCAACCCGUCAAAAUUGGCCUGUGGUAUACAGCUAAUGGCAUCGGCAUCGCACUAGGCGGGUUGCUGGGCUACGGUAUUGGCAGUAUCCACGGCGCCCUGCCGUCGUGGAAAUACGAGUUCAUCAUUAUCGGGGCGCUCUGCAGCGCCUAG